AUGGAUAAUGGCACCAACAAUUGCAACGUUGAAGAAAUACAGAAGCUUAAGAAAUAUGAUCAUCAUACACAAAGGGGAAAGCAGAUUGAAGAAUCUAAAGAAGAGAAAGAAUUUUUUAUAGGCGUUGUGGGUGAAAAUAAAAAUAAUAACAGUGAUAAAGAUUGGAUAGUAAAGUUGAAAACUAAUGGUACAGAAAUAAGAUAUAAAAUAGACACUGGAGCUCAAGCAAAUGUAUUGCCAAGUGAGAUAUUAAAAUGUAUAAAUCCACAGGUAUUAAUAGAACCAACCAAGGCAAAGCUUAGCACUUUUGAUGGAAACAAUAUUAAAGUACUAGGGAAAUUAAAUACACAAGUAGAUAAAAAAGUAGCUAUUCUAGGUCUUGAAGACAGUGUAAAAUUAGGCAUAGUUAAACGUCUCUUAGAAAUAGAUGAAAAUUAUGAAAAUAUGAACAUAACUAAAGAAUUUAAUCAGAAAAAUUCCAUUCUCAUUGGAAGAUCCGUUGAAAAAGAAUUAAAUAAACUAUGUGAUUUACAAAUAAUAGAGAAAGUAGAGGAAUUCACUGAAUGGGUGCAUUCUAUUGUUAUAGCUAAAAAACCAAAUGGAGCUAUACGGAUAUGCCUAGGUCCACAAAAUCUUAAUAAAGUAAUACAACGAGAAUAUUUUCAAAUACCAACUGUAGAGGAGAUUUUAAAACAAUUGGCGGGGGCAAAAGUUUUUAGUACUCUAGAUGCAAAUCAAGGUUUUUAUCAAAUUAAAUUGACAAAUGAAAGUUCUAAAAUGUGUACAUUCUCCACGCCAAUGGGACGAUAUAGGUUCUUAAGAAUGCCUUUUGGUAUUUCUUCAGCCCCAGAAAUAUUUCAUAAAAAAUUUAAACAAACAUUUGAAGGGUUAGAGGGUGUUGAUACAUAUAUAGAUGAUAUAAUAGUCUAUGGUAAAAAUAAAGAGGAACAUGAUGAGAGGCUGAGAAAAGUACUUCAAAGAGCAAGACAUGAAAUAACAAACGAAGGAGUAAAACCAGAUUAUAAUAAAAUAAAAACCAUAAAGGAAUUAAAACCACCAGAGAAUAAAGAAGCAUUACAGAGAAUAUUGGGGGUUGUAAAUUAUGUUGGAAAAUUUUUACCUAAUGUUGCACAAAUAAAUGCUCCAUUAAGAGAGUUAAUAAAAAAAGAUGUUAUAUUUGAAUGGACAAAGUUGCAUAGUGACGCUUUAGAUAAAUUAAAAGAAAUGUUAAUUAGUGAGCCAGUUUUGCAAUAUUAUGAUAGUAAGCUACCUUUAACAUUAUCGGUAGAUGCAUCAAAGGACGGUUUAGGUGCAGUACUAUUGCAAAAUAAUUUACCUGUUAUUUAUGCAUCGAAAUCGUUAACUGAGUCUCAGAAAAAAUAUGCUCAAACUGAGAAGGAAGCUCUAGGUAUUGCAUUUGGAUGUCAUAGAUUUCAUCAGUACAUAUAUGGUAGAAAAGUUAAAGUAGAAACUGAUCAUCGUCCAUUAGAAUCCAUAUUUAAAAAACCACUAGUAUUAUGCCCUUUGAGACUACAAAGAAUUUUAAUAAAACUGCAACAGUAUGAAUUAAUAGUAAAAUACAAACCGGGUAAAGAACUAUUGAUAGCUGACACAUUAAGCAGAAUAAAAUCAGAAGGUGAUAGUAUAUUUGACGAUUGGGAGAAUAGAGAAGUUGAAGUUACAAUUGAAGAAGUGAAUGUGAGCACAUCAAUUAAUGAAAAUAAACGUGAACAAAUUAAGUCAGCUACAGAAUUAGAUAAAGAACUAAAUUUGUUAAAACAUUAUGUCAUUGAGGGUUGGCCGGAAAAAAGAGAGCAAUUAAAUGAAGAAACCAAAAAAUAUUGGGAGUGUAAAGAAUUGACAACAGUAUACGACGGAGUACUAUAUAAAUCAAACAGGAUAAUUGUACCAGAAAGUUUAAAAAGUGAAAUGUUGAAAAGGAUCCAUUUUAAUCAUAUGGGUAUCGAAAAAUGUAAAUAUAGAGCUAGAAGCUGUUUAUAUUGGGUAGGUAUGAAUAAGGACAUAGAAGGAGUUGUGAAUAAAUGCCAAAUUUGUUUAAAAUAUAGAAAAACAAACACAAAAGAGCCGCUUGAGUGUUCGGAGGUACCAGAUAAACCUUGGCAGGUGGUAGAUACAGAUUUGUUUUAUUUUCAAGGAAAAAAUUAUGUUUUUAUAGUAGAUUAUUUCUCUAAAUUUGUAGAAUUUGUAAUGAUACCAAAACUAACUAGUAGUAACACAAUUAAUGCAAUCAAAAGUAAUUUCUCUAGGCAUGGGGUACCUGAAACCAUUAGAUCUGAUGGAGGUACUCAAUACACAUCAGAAGAGUUUCAAAAAUAUAUAAAAGAGUGGCAUAUAAAACACAUAAUAUCGAGCUCUACUAAUGCACAAUCAAAUGGAAUGGUAGAAAGACAUAUCCAAACAAUAAAAAAAAUGUUGAUCAAGGCAGAUGAGGAUAACAAAGAUGUAUAUCUAACGUUAUUAGAAUAUAGAAAUACACCAAUAAGUAAAGAUUUAGCAUCCCCUGCUGAAAUAUUAAUGGGUAGGAAAAUAAAAGGGUUGUUACCUAUAGAAGAUGAAAAAGGGAAAUAUGUGAAGGUGAGAGAAAAAUUGAUAGAAUUACAAAAUAAACAAAAACAGUAUCAUGAUAGAAACGCUAAAGGAUUAAAAGAGUUAAAGGAAGGGGAUAAGGUUUAUUUACAAAAAGAAAGAAAUGGAAAACAGUGGAGUCCAGGAGUAAUAAAAAAUAAAAUAGAUGGUAGAAGGUCAUAUAUUGUAAAAUUAGAUAAAGGGGGAGAAUUGUGGAGAAACAGGAGACUAUUACAUAAGACACCAGAAAGUAUUAGAGAAUUAAAAUGGAGAAAAGAACAAGGAAAAUAA